AAGGGGAACUGAAAAACCGAAAGACAAGUUGCGCCCAAAUCUCUCUCUUACUCCUACUGCUAUUCCAUUCCUUCCCCAACGCCUCCCCCCUUUUUCUAUCUUCAACAAUAAAUACCUUCCUCCCUGGUUUCUUCCCUUCCAAGUCCCAACACCCUCACCUCUUCACUGCAAACUCUCUCUCUCUCUCUCUCUCUCUCUCUCUCUCUCUCCAGAGAGGAAAAGAGUAAAAGAAAUUGAUCUCAUGGCUUCCUCCUCUGUUGCACUCUCCAGUGAUUAUGAUUCUGGUAGUCAGGGGGUUGACGACGGAGAACUGACCCCUCUGGAGAAGCAUGCGGCUUUCUUUGACAGGGACAAAGACGGGUUUAUCUACCCUUGGGAAACCUACCAAGGGUUCCGUGCAAUUGGUGCUGGGAUUUCUAUGUCCACCGUGGCCUCUAUCUUCAUUAAUGUCACCCUCAGUGCUAAAACUCGUUCUGGAAAAUUUUCUCCUCUCUUCCCAAUUGAGGUAAAGAACAUAAAAAAAGCCAAACAUAAGAGUGACAGUGGUGUCUAUGAUACAGAAGGAAGGUUUGUACCAGAGAAGUUUGAGGAGAUCUUUAGUAAACAUGCCCAUACUAAUCCAAAUGCUUUAACAUCGAAAGAGUUGUCAGAAAUGCUCAAGGAUAACAGAGAUCCUCAAGACAAGAAAGGAUGGUUCGCAUCCAAGGUAGAAUGGCAUAUAUUAUACCACCUUUGCAGUGACAAAGAUGGUUUUCUAUACAAAGACACCAUUAGAGGUGUUUAUGAUGGAAGCCUCUUUGAAAAGAUGGCCAGGGACAGAGCUUCAGCCCACAAGAAAGAGUAGUUGAAGUAAAAUAAUGAGAAAUACUGUUUCCAUUUCUAGUUGGGUUGUUCUUUGUGUGUGCCUUCUGUCACUUACCAAUGGCUUUAUAUUCCUUUAAGUUUGUAAUAAACACCUUAUCAGCACAAGCAUUAAGAAUCUAUAAUCUACACAGGUAGUAAUAGAUAUAGUUUUGGCCAAUUAUUAUCUUUACUUGGUAGACCAAGGAGGAUAGCCAUGGUUGUAAAAAAUGUUAGAUGGAAACUUUCUGCUACAUGGAUUGAAGUUCUUGAUAGAUAAGAGAUUCUGUGUUCACGAA